GCAGCCAGUGCACAGGGAACAUUCCGGCAGGCUUCUUUUCUGCAGCUGAGGAGACGAUAUUUGUGGACUUCCUUUUGAUGGGGGUAUGUCACUGUUGUCAGGGCAACUGUUAACAGUGGCGUAUCAUAUUUUCUCCUCUUGGGUUGUGUGCUGAAUAUUUCAGUGUUCCGUAGCUGGGAAGAAGCCAUGGGAGAGGGAAAAGGUGCUGCAUCAGGAAGGAAAAACGACGUGGGAUCUGACUGAACAGGUUAAGGCGGCGAAGAGCAGGAGGCGGCAUCAGAACUGAUGUGCCUUUAAUUAAGGGCUUUUCUGACAAGGUGGAAGAAACUGCAGGCCCUCAUCUGCCAAGUGGAUGUUGGUAUUUCUUAGCACACUGCUUACCCAUAGGAGUUCUAUUACAAAUGAACAGGCAGCUAUGCAGCUAGCUCAGCUGUGAAGUGAAUUUAUAUAUAUUGUACUGAACCAGAAACAGCAACAUGCCUGGUUCAGCAACUGCUGUCCGUCAGGAGAGACUGAAGAAGGCAAGCAUAAGGCCAAAUACACCUGUUUUGUUCACCAUUACUGAGGAAGAUGAGCAGCAAAAGAACAACCAUUCCAAACGGUCGAAAGUAUCUGAAGGUGGCAAAGUGCAAGACAAAAAAUCUGCUUCAUCCAACCGCCCUUCCUCUGUUGGUAUUGGACAGCACACUAACAAUACUGGAGCUAAGCCAGACUCUGCACCAGUACUGAAAGUUGAUGAAAGACAGAGACUUGCACGAGAACGGAGAGAGGAACGGGAAAAAUUUUUGGCGGCAAGAGAGGUUGCAUGGUUGGAAAAAGAAGUUCGAGCAAGGCAAUAUUACGAAAAACAUCUGGAAGAGCGCAGAAAGAAAUUAGAAGAGCAGAGGCUAAAAGAAGAGAGAAGACGAGCUGCAGUUGAAGAGAAACGAAAACAGAGACUAGAAGAGGACAAGGAGCGACAUGAAGCUGUUGUGCGCCGCACAAUCGAGAGGAGUCAGAAAUUGAAACAGAAGCAAAAUAGGUGGUCCUGGGGAGGUCCACUUCAUAGGAGUAGCAGCAUUAAGAGCACAGGUUAUUUUGUUGAAUCAUCAUUCACCUUUCUCGAUUUAGCAGGCUUGGAGUACCACUUCAGACCUCUGAGUGGUGCUAGAAAACCCGAUCCAGACAGGCGAUCUGUUUCAACAAUGAACCUUUCGAAACAUGUUGAUCCAGUCAUUAACAAGCGGCUCUCCUCCUCAUCUGCAACAUUACUAAAUUCUCCAGACAGAGCUCGACGGCUGCAGCUCAGUCCCUGGGAGAACAACAUUGUGAGCAGACUCCUGACGCCAACGCAUUCCUUCUUGGCCAGGAGUAAAAGUGCAGCAACCUUGGCAGGAGAUGCAGUCAUUCCCAUUUGUCCUCGUUCAGUAUCCUGCAGCCCCAUCAGCCCUCUGUCCUUCAAAGCUAUAAGCUGUCAGACUCCAGCAGACAGAGCAAAACUUUUUGGUGCAACCCUUGAUGUUGGACGUAAGAGGACUACACAGUCAGCAGGGACCAGCAGAAAAGAAAAGGAAAGGGGCCUUUCAUUGUCUAAUCCAUCUGGCAAAAAAAGAGCUCGUUCACCUUCUACUUUUAGAAGUAAAUCAUCUGCUUGGCAUGCCUCCAGGUCUUUGCCUUUUUUGCCUGGAACACCCAGAAAAGUAACCACAACACCUGGAUCAUCCAGAAUCUCCUCUGCUCAGCAACGGCCUCCUUCUCCUGGUAACAUUCGACCUGUCAAACAUGAGAAAAAAAAGGAAAAUGAGAAAAAAGACAAAAAGCAGGAAUCCAAGAAGGCAGUUGAAGAAGAGAUGGGUGAUGAGAAGACAAACCCCAAUUCCAGAGAGGCUGAACUUGUAGAAGAACCUAGUAAACCAGAGACUGUACACAGUGCUGUUCCAGUUCUGUCCCCUCCUGCUCCAGCUGCCUCACCAGCUCCUCCUUGCAGCAAGCCUUCUGCAGGAACAACAGACCCAGAAGAAGCAACCAGAGUGCUUGCUGAAAAAAGGCGACUGGCCCGGGAACACCGGGAACGGGAAGAGCAAGAAAGAAGGGAGAGGGAAGCAACUGAAAGGCAAAAGAAGGAGGAGCUGGCACUGAGGAUCGCUGAAGAGCGAGCUCGCCGAGAGGAAGAGGCUCAUAAGCAAGAGGCAGAGCGAAAGCUCAGGGAGGCAGAACUGGAGCAGGAGAAAGAAGAAGCGCUGCGAUAUCUGGCUGAAGAAAAAGAACAGAAAGAGAGGGAAGAAAUGGACCGGCUUCAGAAACAGAAAGAAGAAGAAACUCGAUUACGAGAAGAACAGGUCCGAUUAGAGCGUGAAAAGCAUUUCCAAAGAGAAGAACAAGAGCGUUUAGAAAGGAAGAAGCGACUUGAAGAGAUUAUGAAAAGAACUAGACGAACAGAAGCUGCAGAGAAGAAAUCAAAUGAACAACAAAAUGGGGAGAUAACAAAAGAUGCAGCGUCCAGCCCUACAUCUCCCAUAAGCCCUGUGAUAAAUUCUCAGAUUCAGCAUAUACCAGAAUCCCCACGCAAUGGAGAAAUGGUAACCCAAACACACGUGCUCAUUUCACAUCAGCCCAUGGCAAACAUUGACAGUAAUCUCAACCUAGGAAAAUGUACAAAUGAGAAUGGAGUAUCUAUGCAGAAUGAAAACUUUGAAGAGAUCAUCAACUUACCUGUGGGAACGAAACCAUCAAGGCUGGACGCCCUGAACAACGAGGAGGAAGAUAGCUCUGAAAUUCCAUUGACCCCAAUUUUGGCCUUUGAAGAUAAGGGGACACUUGGGCCAUUGCCUCAGGUAGACAAUGUUCAAACACAUCACACUGCAGAAGUUGUCUGAUUUUUGCUUUUGAAUUACCAAAGGCAAAGCAAACAUCUCUGCAGCCAAUGGAGUUCCUUCCAUGCAAUGAAGGAGUGUUAUAUUUUUGCAUUCUCGAGUUUUCUAAAAACUUCUUGACAACUGGACAAGUUUUUUUUUAAAGGACCAUAGUAAAACCAGCAGCAGAAGAAUUUAUUGGGAAUAGAUCUGGAUUAUCUUUCCAUCAUAGAUGUCAUCACUAGAGAAAUCAUACUCCAUGUGCAUAAAUUGCUUUUUUCAAGCACGCUCCUUUGGUUAGCAAAAUGGAUAGUUUCUGCUUUCUUUAAGACAAACUGGAAUCUAAAAAUGAUGGGCUGAUCAGAUUAAUGGAUCUGUUGUUGACUUUCUGUUCUGUUUUUCUGUUUUGAGGAUGGGUGUUUUGAUUUUAAAAGGUACAAUGUAAAAUCAGCAAGGAAUCUUUUACAUUUUACUGAUUGAAUACUUGAAAAGUAAACACCUCAUUGCUCUACAAGUAGGGCUGCUGGGGUGUUUUUAUUUAAACCUCCUGGUUUAAAUAUUAUUGCAGAGAACUCUUAAUUAUGGAGGCAAAAUAUAGGCUUCUGUAUCAGGUUCUUGUAAAUGUAACUCCUUCAUGGACAUUCUGUAUAUUUAGGCUUCACUACUGUUGUCUUGCAUUUUCUUUUGAAAUAAAAUAACAAAGCAGGUUUUAAAAUGUGAAAAAUUUAAAACAUUAUUUUUUCAUGGAUGAGAUGAAAACUUGUUAUCAUAGAUAAUGUAUUUAUUAAUUAUGUUCAGUACAAAAUAAAUCAUAGAAAAAUGUGGUCAAAACCUACAUGUGUAAACUUG